AUGGAGUAUUUAUUCGCAAAAAUCACCGGUCGUUUUCAUUUUCACUCGAUGUCUGAAGCUGACCUAGCCGACCCCAAUAAGAUCGAUCCCUGGUUAUUGAAUCAGAAGUUCUUUCAUGGAUUCCUGUCGAGAGAAGAUCUGCCGGCACUUCUUCAAAAUCACGGGGAUUUCCUUGUACGAUGCAAUGAGGGAGACAAAACACAACCCAGAGAAGUCGUAGUAUCAGUUUUGUACGAUCCGGAUGGCAAAAGUAAAACAGCUGAUCAAAAUGGAAAACUUGAAGCGACACGCAAUUUCGUGGUCCAGUCAGCGUUAUCGAAUAAAACAAGGAAAUAUUUUAUCGAUUCACGUGAUAAAUUUGAAUCAUUGGAAGAUCUUCUAACACAUCAUUCGGAAACACCUCUCGUUGUGAACCAGGUACGUGAGAACUAG